GUUGAUGUUGUUGAUGUUCCCUGCAGGGCGAUGAGGUCCCUUCAUCGUCUUUCACUUUCGCUCCCCACGCUCCUCAUCAUCCUCCUCCUCCUCUCGCCCGCCGGCCUCUCCUCGCCGGACCCCAGCACAACCCCUGACCCCGUGACCCCAGCGGCCUCCGGCCCGCUGCAUUGCCUGGACCCCGCGUUGAAGGCGUCCGAGGUGCGGGCGGAGGCCCUGGAGCCGCUGCUGCUGGAGCCCCUGAGAGAGGCCAACGUCGGCUGGUUCCUGGUGGGCGGCCACGCCGAUGGCGGCGGCGGCCUCCCGUGGGCCCGGCCGCUCCUGCCGGGCCGCGGGAGGCUGAGGGACGCCGGCGGCGGCGCCCUGUGGGUGGACGCCGCCGUGGUGGGAGACAGCGGCCUCUAUGCCGCCGUGGGGCGGGGCGGGCAGCAGCAGGUGGUGGAGUGCUUCAACGUGACGGUCUUCCUGCGGACGCCCGGCUCCUGCGUCAUCCCGGAGCUCCUCCUGACGGGCCGCGUGGCGUUCAUCUCCCAGUCACACUCCAUCCAGUGCACCGCUCUGCUCCAACAGCUGGCACCACAAGGACUUCUCUCCAUCACCUGGCUCAAGGACUGUGAGCCCUACGAAGGAGGGCAGGUGGUGGGCAACAACCUGCUGAUCCCCCGCGUGAUGGCGGGCGACGAGGGCAACUUCUCCUGCGUGGCCGAUUUCCGCCGCUUUAACCGCACGUGGCGCGUCUCCCGCACGCGCCACAUCCGCGUCGUCAUUCCCACCAACGAGAAGCCUCCCACGGUGCUGAUCCCUUCCAAGAACGCAACAAUGGAAGCGGAGAUCGGCCAACGCCUCCACGUCCCGUGUCUCGCCUUCUUCGGCUACGAGGCCUCCCUCAUGCCGCUGAUGUACUGGCUGGUGGACGACAAAUUCGUGGAGGACGUCUACAACGCCUCUGACGUGUGGGAGCAACAAGCCAGGGUAGUGAACGAGUCGUAUGGGGAGCGUUACGUGGAGCGCCCCCUGGAGCUGACGAGCGUCACUGCGCGUCACGUGGGACGCGAGUUCACCUGCAUCGCCAUGAACGCCUUCGGCUUCGGACGCUCGUCCAUGUUCAUCGUGCGGAAGGAGCCGCCUGCCCCCAGCCACACCGCUGCUGUGGCCGGCUCGCUAAUGGGCUGCGUGGCCCUGCUGCUGCUGCUGGCCGGCCUGCUCUACGCUCGCCGCAUUGACCUACUGCUGUUUUACCGCGACCACCACCACCACCUCCACUCCAGCAACAACAAUACAGCAGACGGCAAGGAGUAUGAUGCGUAUGUGUCCUUCUGCACGGAGAGCCCGUCCCCGGGUGAGGAGGAGUUUGCCCUGAAGACGCUACCCCAAGUGCUGGAGGGGGAGUUUGGCUACCGGCUCUGCCUGCUGGACAGAGACAUCCUGCCUGGCGGGGCCAUGGUGGAGGAGAUCAUCGGCGCCAUCGACCGCAGCCGCCGCGUCAUCGUGGUGCUGAGCCCGGCCUACGCCGCGUCGGCUCGCUGCGGCGGCGCCAGCCGCUGCGAGCUGGAGGCCGGCCUGCACGCCAUGUUGGCGUCGGGCGACACCCGCCUCGUGUUGCUGCAGUUCCUGCCCCUGGGACACGGCGGCCGCGGCCGCGGCCGUGGCCGCGGCUCCUCCUCGUCCGCGGCUGGCCCGGCCCUGCGGCGGGCCCUGGCCGUGCUGCCGGUCAUCCGCUGGCGCCCCUCGGACGCCGACACGGCGCCGUCGGGGGCCUUCUGGAAGAGGCUGCGCUACGCCAUGCCGCCACGGCCGCCACGGCCGCCGCCGGCGCGGCGACCGGAGCGGCGACCGGAGCGGCGACCAGAGCGGCGACCGGAGCGGCGACGCUCGGAGGAGGAGAGGCGCCGCCGGCCAAUGGGAGCGGACGCGGAGGAGGGCAGCAGCAGCUGA